AUGACAGCUUCUACGGAAGCUAACGGCUUCUCCAACCACAAUGGUUCAAGCCAUAACUCUACCUCUACCCUACCGCUGGCUUCAGGGUUAUACGUGCCUACCGUGGCAUUCUUCACUCCUCAAGAUACUAUCGACGAAGAGACGACAGCAGCACAUGCCAAGCGCCUGGUUGAAGCCGGCGUCACGGGCAUCGUGACGCACGGUUCCAACGGCGAGGCUGUUCAUCUUGAUCACGCUGAACGACAGCUUAUCAAUCGCAUUACUCGUUCAACAAUCGAUGCUGCUGGCCGGAGUGAUAUGCCCCUUAUUGUUGGAUGCGGCAGCCAAUCUACGCGAGAGACAAUACAGCUGUGCCGUGAGGCUGCCGAGUCUGGAGGAACACACGCCCUCGUCCUGCCCCCAGCGUACUACGGCAGCUUGUUGUCAACAGACCUCAUAAUGGUUCACUUCAAAGAAGUGGCUGAUGCUAGCCCAAUCCCAUUGCUCAUAUACAACUUUCCCGGGGCGUGCAGUGGGCUGGAUCUCAGCUCGGAUACCAUCUUAGAAUUGGCUGAGCAUCCCAAUAUUGUCGGCGUUAAGCUGACCUGCGGCAACACGGGCAAGCUUGCCCGUGUUGUUGCUGGCACACGUGGGACGACUUUCAGGACCUUUGGCGGUAGCGCCGACUUUGCCAUUCAGACCCUGGCUGUGGGCGGGCACGGUGUGAUCGCGGGAUUAGCCAAUGUGGCGCCAAAGGCCUGUGCUGAAGUGAUGCGACUGUGGACAGAAGGCAAGACAGAGGAGGCGACGCUGCUGCAAGGGAUUGUCGCUCGCGGCGACUGGACCGCCAUCAAGGGCGGCUUUGUCUCUGUCAAGGCCGCGCUGAUGAGAUACUACAGCUACGGCGGCCAGCCACGAAAGCCUUGUGCCUUCCUGGAAGGCAAGGCCUUGGAAGCGCAAAUGUUGGGCUUUUCUGAGCUGGUAGAGUCGGAGAAGAAGCUGGAGGCACUAACUUAG